CGCCGCACUAGGCACAGCUAGGCACGUAAAGUUGCAAGAACGUGAAUGUGAAUUUACUAAAAACGCAAAGCAAAGGAGGAAAGAAAAGAAAUAUUUUUUUCCACGAGUGAAACUUUCCGUGCGUUUAUUAAACAAAAAACAGUGAACUAUUAAUUUCGUUUAAUCCACAGUGACGAUAUACCAGAAGACACAAAAUUUCAAUUUGCAUAUUGAAUAUUUUGUUUCUCUUUAUUUGAUUCGGUGUUCGAAUAUUCGGUCAAAUCUAUUGCUAAUUAAAGUGUGUAAAGAAAAAUAAAAAAGUGCUACAGUAAUCACAGGCUACAAGACGGCGGAACGGCAAAAAUAUCGUGUUUGUCGUUCUAGUAUCAGUGAACAGAAUACAGCAGAAUAAGCGCUGGAAUCUGAAUAAGUAUUAAUUAGGGAGCAAUCAGCGGCGUGUUGCGACUGGCAACCAGGUGCAUUUGGAAGUACGGACAGGAUUUGCGUCUGUAAACACAUCCUAAUAAUAAUCAAAAGCGUUUGAGCCAAGUAGUUUCGUGGUGCUCGGCUGCUAGUCCGAAAGCAGAGAAUAUGAAAUGAGAAUCUGAAGUUCUAUCCGCACCAUACCGAACUUCAACAACUUUUCAUAUAAAAGAUUUUAUUUCGAGAGAAAAAUGGAAUCGUCCACAACAAUCAAGAAUCCCAACAAUAAUAAUCAUGCUGAUAAUCAUAAUUUGAUAAAUAAUCAAUCACAGCAAACAACAUCUUUACAAAAUAACAAUCUUACUGUUUCUGCUCAGCCAUUUACUCCUGCGGCCAAUAACAACAACGGCAAUAAUGCAAACAAUAAUAACUUAGCUGUGCAACAGUCUAACAAUGCAAUCGCGCCUGCUCAAUCAUAUACACCCGUUCCGGCAGCCUCCGCAGCUCCUUUACAUAGCGUUGCCGCCACGUCAGCUGGACAUCCUAUCUACAAUCAAGCAAUGCAUUCACCAAAUAUGUUUGUGCCAGCGCCGGGUGUACAUCAAGCAGGACAUAUGUAUGCGACCAUGAUGCCGACGCAAAUUCCCAGCAAUGUUUACGUAAACAACGUUACAGCGAACGUAAAUUUGCACGGCUGGUCACAUAGCGUACCAGCUUAUAUACCCGCUGGAACACCACAUUACAUUCAGGGUGAUGUGCCGCCAGAUCAGAAUCCAUCUGUUAUGCAAGCUAUACCUGGCAUGCCUGUCGCAUUGGCUCCGUCAAAUGCCAUUGUUGCUGGUGGGGGAAAUGGCAAUCCCAAUACACAAAUGAGUGGUUUGGGGGGUCGUGGUUCUCGUCGCGGCCGUGGCCGUGGUGGCAGCGGUGGUUCACGUCGUGGAGACUACAAUAGUCAACGACAUCCACCACAAGAAGGUAGUCCAGCGCCACAACCGCAAAUGGUGCAAUCACAGGAACAAAUUGGUCAGCCACAGUCAUUAACACAACAACAACAAUCGCAACAAAUCGAUGCCUCUAACCAAUUAAUGGCUGCCGGACCACCAAGUUAUGCCGCACAACCGCAAUACGCGCACCCACCAGCAUAUGCCGCAUAUCCAUAUCAAACAUACUUUACGGCUCAGAACCCCAUGUUGCAUCCAGCGCAAGCCGCACAACAAGCCACUGGCACACCACUGUAUGUUUCGCAUAUGCCAAUGUAUAAUCCCGUCUAUAACUACAUGGGCAAUCCUUUCAUAUAUCCGCCUGUCAUGAAUCAGCCGGAAUAUCAAUUUUUGCCCGGCGAAGAUGGUCAAUGUGAUGAGCGUCAAAAUCCUGAUGGUAUGGUGGCGCCAAUGUGGCAUCCACAACCGAUUUAUGCCGAUGAUUAUGGCAUGAAUCCCGAAAUGCAUAAUGCUGGCGAUGAAAUGAAUCACAAUGCCCCUUCCAUGGGCUCUGUUGAUACACCGAGCAUGCUUAGUCCAAACUAUGCCAUGUAUGAUCCACAAAUGCAUGAAGUGCAACAACAUAUGGGCAUGAUGCAUAUCUAUGAAGAUCCGCAAAUGGCGCAAAUGCAAGGCAUGCACCCAGAAGCACCCGUUGCACAGCUUGAGGAAGAAAUCGGCGAAUGUGCCGCACAACCUGCUACCAUACAAAUGGUAACCUCUGGUACAAUGAUCACGGCUGGCCCCAUACAAAUGUCCAACGAAACACAAAUUAUUCAUCACAGCCAUGCGCAACACCAAUCGCAACACAUCAUACAAAACACCGUUUUGGAAUUGAAAGCGCACCACUCAAGCGAGAGCGAAAAUGUCAAUAUUGAAAAUAGCUGCGCUGAUGACGUUUCCGAGUUGCACGCUGUGGGCUCAGUGACCAGCCUAAAUGAUAUGCAUACACACCAGAGCACCGAAAACAUUGUAGCGGAGGACUAUCAGGCGCAACAACAACAACAACAGCAACUGCCAUUACCGCAGCCACAACAGCAAAUAACCCAGUCACAGCCAAAGCAGCAGCAGCAACAACAACAACAGCAAGCUCAACAGACGUCAGCACAAUUCAAUCCACAAAAUGCUGUUGAUAUGCCUGUUGUCGUCGCCGUCAAUGAAGUUCAUCACAACCAGCAUGAGAAUGUGCCAAAGGAGGAGCCAACCGAAGUGCCUGUGGCGACAGUGGCACCAGCAACAGUUGCAGCACCCCAACAGCAGCAACAACAACAGCCACCAACAGUAGCCGCUGUAGUGUCUGCACAACCUGCACCAACGGCUGUGGCAAGUGUUUCGACGGCUACCAAUGUGCCGACACAACAACAGCAAAUACAAACUUCACCGCCCUUGCAAAAGUAUCAUCAUCAGCAACAGCAACAGCCGCAGCAACAACACCAACAGACACAUCCAAAACAUCAGCAGCAAUCGUACAAUCGUUACGAUCAACAACAACAACAACAUCAUAAUCAACAAUAUCACCAUCAACAGAAUCAUAACUAUCCAUAUGAGCAGCGUAGGCCACAGCAGAAUUACAAUAAUAAUCAAUCUCGUCGUAAAUACGAUUACAACAAUCCAUCGUAUGUGCCGAACAAUAAUAGCAAUAACAACGGCAAUAAUAAUAAUAACAAUGACUCGGCCAUUCAAACUACAAAGACAAUGUCUUGGACUAAUUCGAGCAAAAAGUCCACCGCAUCGGUGGCUGUGACAGCUACACCAAGCAACAACAACAACAACAAUAGCAAUAAUAGCAAUAACCAAAAUCGGACGUAUGGACAUUCCUCCAGAACAUAUACCAACCAUCAGCAUCACUAUCAACAACAAUCGCACUACCACCAGCACAAUCAGCAGCAACAACAACAGCAGCAUGGUGGUCACUACAAUCAAGCGCCGCAAAUGCGCAAUCAUGGUGGCAUGAAGGUACCCUCCUCGCCGGUGGGUAGCAAUGCGCCACCACAGUUUGGCAACAACAGCGCCAGCGAACGCCGCAACAGCCAAGCCGAGCAGCCGAAGUAUGCGAACAAUGCCAAUAACAGCGCGUACAACAACUACAACCAAUAUGCCAAUAACAGUGGCAAUAAUGCGGCGAACAGCGGAAACAACGCAAACGCGUCGGCUGCCACGUCUACGGCCAGCACCACCGCGGCGCCGCAACAUUUCCCACAACAACAGCAGCAAACACAGCAGCAUUCGCAAGCUGCACAACAGCAACAACAACAUCAGCAACAAACCGCUGCGCAAGUAACGCAAAAUCAGCCGCCACAACAACAACAACAGGCAUUAGUAAUUGACAGCAAACAAUAUCCGGGCUUCACCAGCAAUAAGAAAGCAGCCGCUGCUGCCGCCGCCGCCGCUGCCAGCACAACUCCCAUAUUGAAUUUGGCGCCACCAGUUACAGCUAGCACCAACACUACCGCGCCCAGCACACAAUCAUGGGCUAGUCUCUUCAAUGACAAGUCUCCCAACAACGCCAACACAACGUCGGCAAGUGCCAGUGGUGCCCAAUCUGGCAGCAAUAGCAACAGCAACACGAAUGCCAACACACAAAUCAGCAACUCUUCACCUGCGCUGCCAACACCAUUUUCAUUGGAGAGACCCGUUGCCAAAGUAGCGCCAUUUGGAUGCGUUGUGCCCCCACCGGUGAAUCCCACACCGCCGGUGGUAUUGCCAGGUGCCAUGUCCUACUCGGCGGCCUCGGCACAAGGCAUACCACCACAAGCGCCCAGCGUAGCCAAGGCUGUUGUUAAACCGGAACCACCCGCGCCGAAUGCGCGUGCUAAUCUGGAUGAAUACACGCUGAAAUUCGCCGAUUUCCUCACAAAGGCAAAAACCGAUCUGUCCACAGUUAGCUUGCGUCCACGCGGUCUCACCAAUCCCUCCAACUACUGCUACAUAAAUUCCAUUCUGCAAGCGCUGUUGGGCUGCGCGCCAUUCUACAAUCUGAUACGCUCCAUACCCAAGCAGGCGGCGGCUCUAUCCGAAGUGCGCACACCCACUGUCAAUGCGCUCAUUUCCUUUGUAUCGCAAUUCUCAACACUACCAUCUGGUAUGCGCUUGCGCACAAAUAAGGGUCCCAAAGGCAAGGACGACUUGGGCAGCGAGUUGCAAUGUGAUUCGGCCUUUGAACCCAGUGACAUCUACCGCUUGUGGGUCGACAGUCGUGAGGAGUAUGUUGAGGGACGUCAAGAGGACGCUGAGGAGUUCUUAAGCUAUGUGCUCAACAAGUUGAAUGAUGAAAUGUUGGAGGUUAUAAAGUUAGUUGCCAAACCGAAUGCUGAACAAAAUGGACGCAAUGAAGUUUCGGAAAGUGAGGAUGGCGAUGAGUGGCAGAUGAUCUGCAAUAACCGCAAUAAAGGCAGCGUCACACGUCAACAAGAUUUUGGACGCACCCCACUGAGUGAUAUAUUCCGUGGCGAAUUGCGUUCACGCUUGCAACGCGAGGGCGAACACUCCACCGAUGCUAUUCAACCAUUCUUCACGUUACAACUCAACAUUGAGAAAGCCGCUUCGGUCAAGGAGGCGCUCGAAAUACUGGUUGGACGCGAUCAGCUAGAGGGUGUCACCGGCAGCAAGACCAAGCAAGAGGUUGUAGCUUGGCAGCAAAUGACUUUGGAGAAGUUACCCACAAUUUUAAUUCUUCACUUGAAAUGGUUCGAUUAUCGCUCCGAUGGCUGCACUAAGAUACUCAAGAAAGUCGAAUUCCCAGUUGAUCUGAAGAUCGACGCAAAAAUACUCGCCUCCAAGAAGUACUCGAUGAAACAGCGCGCAUAUCGUCUAUUCGCCGUUGUCUAUCACGAUGGCAAAGAGGCGACCAAGGGUCACUACAUCACCGACGUCUAUCAUACGGGCUACAGCAGCUGGUUGCGUUACAACGAUAGCUCCGUGAAACCGGUCAGCGAGAACGAAGUGCUCUACCCGAAAACACCACGCGUGCCUUAUCUAUUAUAUUACCGUCGUUGCGACACAAUGCCACAGCAGAACAAUGCAGCGACCGGUGGCAAUGCCAACUCCCACUCAAAUGCAAAUCAUGGUGGCCGCGAUCGUGAUGGCAACAAGUAAACGGGCAUGAGCGCAGUGUGUAAGGCGUGUUUGACACGCCCACGUGUGAGUACAUACUAAGAAGUGGCCAAGCCAAAAUCCGAGCACGCAUACGCGCCGUGCGGCAUUACGGAGUACACAAAAAACAACAACUACAACUACAAUAACAGCAACGAUCAAUUGUCGGUGGUUAGUACAUACACUAUUACGUAAAAAAAAAAAUGCAUUAGGUAACGGUUUAUCGGCACAAACCGUUGCAACGUAAGCCAACUGCAGCAGUAAGCAGUAGUUCGAAUUCGAACAUCAUGUAAUAUAUAUAAAUAUAUAAAUAUCAAUAGAUAUAUAGAGAAAUAUUAGUUUACAGUUUAUGCUAAUUAUUAUGCAUGCAAUAAGGGCUAGCACUUGAAAGAUUAUAAACGCACGUAAAUAUUAACUUUUAAGCAUUGCUUUUAUUUGCUUUAUACAAAAAAAAAAAAAACAAAAACAA